AACCCAUUUUUUCACCGUUCUGGUUUCAUUUUUCUGAUUUUGUCUUCGGAAAAAGGAAAGCAAGAACCAGGGGCAUUGGCCAAACAAGUCUGUCUACUCGGUGGAGAGCUUUCCAGAUAAGAAGGAUCUGAAGGACUUCCCCUGGGCGUGAGGGAAAUUGCACACGCCAUCCGGCGAAGGGGACCAGGAAAUCACUUCUUGUUUUUCAAACAGCAGCCAGGCUCUCUGGGAUGGCUUUGUGAGGCUCGGAGAGCCACAGCUGAAGGAGGCACGGGUGGGGCUGCCGGUCCUGCCUCAGCCCUCGCAAUGAGAGUUACCAGGUGUGAGGCCUUGGAGGAGGCCGUGGAGCAAAUGGCCCCAUAGUGGAAACCGGGGAGCUUUCAGGCAUCUGGUCAGAGCAGGAGCCGGCUUGGGGACGACGGUGCUGGACAGGCAAAACAGCUCAAGCUUGAAAAAAUGAAGUCCCCACAGAGAACCACUCUGUGCUUCGUGUUUAUUGUGAUUUAUUCUUCCCAAUCUACACUGAACUUGAAUUUAGAGCCUAUUGUUCACCCUUUGAUUCUCAGUGAACAUGCACCAGCAGAGGAAGAGCUACUAAGGCAAAAACGAGCAGUUGCCGGGAGUGGCCCUGCAUCUGAGGAGUACACUGUUGAAAUCGAGAUCAGUUUUGAAAACGCAUCCUUCCUGGAGCCCAUCAAAGCUUACUUGAACAACCUCAGUUUUCCGAUUCAUGGCAAUAGCACUGACCUAGCUGCCAGCAUGUUGAGUGUAGAGAUGACAACAGUAUGCAGACCUGUUGGAAGUGAAAUCUGGUGCUCCUGUGAAGCAGGCUACAGGUGGCCUUGGGAAAGGUGCCUGCACAAUCUCACUUGUCAAGAGCAUGGCAGCUCCUUCUCAGGGCAUGGUUGCAGAUGCCUUAAAGGACUGCCUCCCAAUGGACCUUUUUGCCAGCUCCAGGGAGCAGAUGUUAUUCUGAGAAUGUCUGUCAGGCUUAAUGUGGCCUUUCCAGAAGAUCUCAAGAACUCUUCCUCUGCCCUCUAUAGGUCGUACAGGACUGACUUGGAAACAGCGUUCUGGAAAGGUUACCGAAUUUUACCAGGCUUCAAAUUCGUGACUGUUACAGGGUUCAGGCCUGGAAGUGUGGUUGUGAAAUAUGAAGUCAGGACGACAACACCAUCGCCUGAAUUAAUGCAUAAAGCAAAUGAACAAGUACUACAGAACCUCAAUCAAACCUACAAAAUGGACUACAAUUCCUUUCAAGCAGUUACGAGUAAUGAAACUAAGUUCUCUGUCAUACCAGAGACUAUCUUUGAAGGGGAUACGGUAACUCUGGUGUGUGAAACAGAAGUUUUGUCCUCCAACGUGUCUUGGUAUCAUGUGGAAAGGCGCCACGACAUCCAGAACAGCAGCAGGUUCUCCGUGUACACCUCCAUUCUCAACAACCUGACUUCGGUGUCGCACCUCACCAUUGACAACGUCACUCAGAGUGACGCAGGUGAAUAUAUUUGCAAACUGAUAUUAGACAUUUUUGAAUUUGAGUCCAGAAAAAAAAUAGAUGUUACUCCCAUCAAAAUUUCAGCAAAUGAAGAAACAAAGGUGAUGUGUGACAAUAAUCCUAUAUCUCUGAACUGCUGCAGUGAGAAGAAUGGCAACUGGAGUAAUGUAGAAUGGAAGCAGGAGGGAAAAAUAAACAUUCCAGGAAUUCCUGAAACAGACAUGGAUUCCAGUUGUAGCAGAUACACCAUCAAGGCAGACGGAACCCAAUGCCCAAGCGGGUCAUCUGGAACAAGAGUCAUCUACACGUGUGAGUUCAUCAGCGCCCACGGAGCCAGAGGCAGUAAGGACAUAGAAGUAAUAUUCACCUCUGUGGGAGAUAAUUCCAGCCACAAAAGGGAAGUGCACGAAUUCCUAAGGCAUGUGAUGGAAAUGAGUACAGUUCAGAGCACCACCGGAAACAGCCUAGAAACAAGUAAAGCCCAGGAACAGCAAGCCAACGUAACAAUAACCCCGGGCCCAAUUUCUGUUUCUGAGGGACAAAAUUUUUCUAUAAAAUGCAUCAGUGAUGUGAGUAACUUCGAUGAGGUGUACUGGAACACUUCUGCUGGAAUUAAAAUAUAUCAGAGAUUUUAUACCAAGAGGAGGUAUCUUGAUGGAGCAGAAUCAGUGCUGACAGUCAGGACCUCAACCAGGGAGUGGAAUGGAACGUAUCACUGUAUAUUUAGAUAUAAGAAUUCAUAUAGCAUGGCAACCAAAGAUGUCAUUGUUCACCCACUGCCUCUACAGUCAGAUAUCAUGGUUGAUCCUUUGGAAGCUGCAAUUCCAUGCAAAGGUUUCCAUAGCUUCCAGUGCUGCAUAGGGGAGGACGAAGACUACAAAGUUACUUUCCAAAUGGAUUCUUUGUCCUUUCCUGCUGCAAAAGAAGUCAAUGGAAAGCAAGUGUGCUACAAAUACAAUUUCAAGGCAAACUUGGAUUCUUGGUGCCCAAGAAAUGUUGAGAUGUUUUGUCAUUUUACCAAUGCUGCUAAUAAUUCAGUCUGGAGUCCCUCCAUGAAGCUUUAUCUGGUUCCUGGGGGGAACAUCACAUGCCAAGAUCCUAUAAUAGGUGUUGGGGAGCCUGGGAAAGUCAUCCAGAAGUUAUGCCAGUUCUCACACAUUCCCAGCAGCUCUAGCAAUCCCAUUGGUGGGAUCAUCACGUACAAAUGUGAAGGCACUCAGUGGAAGGUGAAGAGGAAUGACUGCAUCUCUGCCUCAAUAAAUAGUCUGCUCCACCUGGCCAAGGCUUUGAUCCAGAGCCCCUCUCAGGACGAGAAGCUCCCUACAUACCUUCAGAAUCUAUCUAUUAGCACAGGCAAGGUGGAACAUGAAAUCAGAUCAUCUCCUGGGAGCCUGGGAGCCAUUAUUGACAUCCUUGAUUUGCUCUCAAUGAUUCCAACCCAAGUGAAUUUCAAAAUGAUGUCGCACGUUCUGUCUACGGUGAACGUCAUUCUUGGCAAGCCCGUCUUGAGUACUUGGAAGUCUUUACGACAACAACAGACCAAUGGGAGUUCCCAACUACUGGAUUCAGUGGAGAGAUUUUCCCGAGCAUUCCAGUCAGGAGAUAGCACCUUUUUGUCCAUCGCCCAAAGUAACGUGCAGAUGAGGAGCAUAGUCAUAAAAACUGGCUACCCCCACAACUACAAAGAGAGCUUUGUUUUCUCAGACUUAGACCUCUGGGGCAAUGUAAUCAUUGACAAGCACCAGCUGGAAAGUUUGCAGUCAGAUACAUCUAUUGUCACCGUGGCUUUCCCAACCCUCAAAGCCAUCCUUGCUCCAGACGUUCAGGAAAAGGAUUUUGCAGACAGCUUAGUGAUGACAACCACUGUCAGCCACAACAUAACCACGCCAUUCAGGAUUUCAAUGACUUUUAAGAACAACAACCUUGCAGGUCGGGGACCACUGUGUGUCUUCUGGAACUUCAACCUCGCCAACUACACCGGGGGAUGGGAUAGCAGUGGGUGCUACGUUGAAGAAGUGAAUGGUGACAGCAUCUCCUGCACCUGUGAUCACCUAACAUCAUUCUCCAUCCUCAUGUCCCCUGACUCCCCAGAUCCUGGUUCUCUCCUGAAAAUACUGCUGGAUAUCAUUUCUUACAUUGGGCUGGGCUUUUCCAUCUUGAGCUUAGCAGCCUGCCUAGUUGUCGAAGCUGUGGUCUGGAAAUCAGUGACCAAGAACCGGACUUCAUAUAUGCGUCACAUCUGUAUUGUGAACAUUACCGCCUCCCUCCUGGUUGCUGACAUCUGGUUCAUUGUGGCCGCUGCCAUCCACGACCAUCACUACCCACUCAAUGAAACAGCCUGUGUGGCCGCCACCUUCUUCAUUCACUUCUUCUACCUCAGUGUCUUCUUCUGGAUGCUGACAUUGGGCCUCAUGCUCUUCUACCGCCUGGUUUUCAUCCUUCACGACACAAGCAGGUCCAUCCAGAAGGCCAUUGCUUUUUCUCUUGGCUACGGCUGCCCCCUGGUCAUCUCCGUCAUCACGGUGGGGGCCACCCAGCCCCAGGAUGUUUACACAAGGAAGAAUGCCUGUUGGCUCAACUGGGAGGACACCAAGGCCCUGCUGGCUUUCGCCAUCCCGGCGCUGAUCAUUGUGGUGAUAAAUGUGACCGUCACAAUCGUGGUCAUCACCAAGAUCCUCCGGCCUUCCAUUGGAGACAAGCCAAGUAGGCAGGAGAAGAGCAGCCUGUUUCAGAUCAGCAAGAGCAUUGGGGUCCUCACACCACUCUUGGGGCUCACCUGGGGUUUUGGUCUUGCCACCGUGUUCCAGGGCAGCAACGCUGUGUUCCAUAUCAUAUUUACACUUCUCAAUGCCUUCCAGGGAUUAUUCAUUUUACUCUUUGGUUGCCUCUGGGAUCAGAAGGUACAGGAAGCUUUGCUGAAUAAGUUUUCACUGUCAAGAUGGUCUUCACAGCACUCAAAGUCAACAUCACUAGGUUCAUCUACACCUGUAUUUUCUAUGAGUUCUCCAAUAUCAAGAAAAUUUAACAAUUUGUUUGGUAAAACAGCAGCCUCACACGCCCUCCCCAGGCAAUGAUGGAAACCUUGUUAGCUGUGGCAGUUCAUGAAUUCAAUGGAACGUACAAUGUGUCCACCCCAGAAGCAACCAGCUCAUCCCUGGAAAACUCAUCCAGUGCUUAUUCAUUGCUCAACUGAGAAUGGGCACAUCCAACCCAUGUGACCUCUUAGCAAUAGUGGAUAUGCUCAGAAAAAGAGAUCCUUUCAAAACUAUGGGUAGAAUGUUCCCUAAACAGGCUUUGGAAGCAGACGCGGAAAAGACUUUUUCAUUCGGAAAGAGGCUUCUUUUGUAAAGACAGACUAAAAGUAAUUUUUGUGUGUUCCUCCCACCCCUUGUGUAAUACCAAAUGUGUAUAGUAUUUAAGUGAAACUCAAGUCCCCCAAGGCCCAAUUUUUCUGUCUAUAUUGUAAAAUAGAAUUUUGAAGAGACCAUUUCACUUUUCACAUGUUGGGCACAAAGAUAAGCUUUGAAUAAAAUAUUAGUAUGUAAGGAAAUACUUAAAGGAAUUCUAUUUAAAAAGGAAGAAAAUGAAAGGAAGGAAGGAGAGAAGGAAAGAAAGGAAGGAAGGAAGGAAGGGGAAAUGAAGAAAUGAAGAAAAAAGGAAACUGAAAAAGAAUAAAGAAAAACAUUAACGACCACAUGUUAAGAGUUCCAUGUUAAAGAUCCAAUGUAACUACUCAGAUACUGCAACACUGAGAGUAAGUGUGAUGGCUCAAAAAUGGAGCCUGAGAAUAAGCCACAGGGAAAGAGUUUGGAAUCUUCCUGGUAUUUUCCUAGCCAAGAGAAAAAACAAAAGGCAGUGCAGUGAAGAAAAUAGAAAGGAAAUUACAUCAUCAGGAUGUUUCAAAGGGAUAAUAAUGUUUACAAGAAAGGCAUGGAAGGAGUCAUGAUUCCCCAGAUGAUAGACACAUACAUAUCUACCUUCAUAUGCUAAGAUUUCAGCUGAGUGGAAUAAAUAUGCAGAGGAGGUAAGAUGACUAUGCUUUUUCAGGUCUCCUUUAACUUGGUUUAACCUGGUCUGGUUAAAUUUACCAUAGUUUAUCAGAAAAGCCCUGCUUUUAGUUUGUCCCACAUUUUGAAAGCAAAGAAUAUAUUUUUUUGAUAUCCAUGAAUUGCCAGAUUUGAUACAUUGCACUGAAAACAGAUCCCAACUCUCACAUAUUUAACAGCUUUAACCAGGUACUUCUCUGUGCAUUACUAUAGAAUAGUUUCCAUACUCUUACAAUAUAUUAUUUUUGUUGUUACUAUUGUGACUGUGGAUUUAAUGGCCUUUGUAUCUUGUAUAGCUCAUUAUGUAUUAUUUUUUACAGUCUUUAAGUUUCCAGCCCAAUAUACAUUAAGAUUUUUGUAUGCUCUAAUUUGUCUUUUUUCCAACCACUUGGAAAGCUUCUGGAGCUGGCUUGUCUAUGCUCCUAAUGACACUUUAACUUGAUAAACAGAUGGUGGAACUUUCCCCAAGAAGUUGAUUGUGAAGUGUGUGUGUGUGUGUGUGUGUGUGUGUAUAUUUCAUAAAAAAGCCAAAUAGUUAUAAAAAUUGCAUCCACAUUAAAGCUAAACUAGAUGCAGUAGAUAUAGCUACUAUAUAUUCAAAAUCAAAAUCUAAUCCCAAGGGAAGAAUAUGGCAGCAUAAAAUGUGGGCUACUCAGUGAAAUUAGGAUCUGUGAUCUUCACAAGGACUGAGCAAAUCAAUAGGCCCAGCCUUUAGGAAGGUGGGGUGAAAGAGAUCAACCAUUCAUCCAGGUUCAAAAGAGUUCUAUUUUAAUUCUUAACUCUUUAAAAUCCGCCUCCCCCCUUUUAUUUUUAACUUUAAAUUCUAUUUCUGCUUCUCUUCAUGGCGAGGGAGAGGAAUGGGUGGAAGUGGGGGCAGAUAGAAGUCCUAAUCACGCUUAAAGUAAAUGAAUUCCUUAUUUCUACACAUUCACAAAAUGACACAGACAUUUAGACGGAGGUUUGCUUGAGAAUUGUCACAUCAUUUUCCCAGCUGAAUAGUGCAUUAUUUAAAGUCCCUAAAGGAAAUGAUUGUUAGGGUAUGAAUGUUAGCCAAGUGCACAGGGAAUUACGAAUGUCGGGUGGAGUUCAGGACCGAGAAGAAAAGGUCAGAGGUUGGAUUGGGGAUCAGUUGGAUUGGAAUUAGAGAAAGAAUUGCUUUGAUGCAGAGUUGGAGUUGGUUCCUGGGGUUCUAUCAGGGAGAACUGAGUCAGGGUUACAGCACUAUGUUAGCAUGGCAAUUUUGACAGGCACACUCAAGGGAAGUGCAGCACUUUAAGAGGAGGCUGUGGUUUUCAAGUUCUCAUUUUCAAAAGACACUGAACUUCCCCCAACUUCAGAAGGAAUGCGUGGGAAUCAUUGUUUGACGUUGUGAAGGGGAACCUCUGCAAGGAAAGAACCUUCAGCAUAGUUCAUAAUGGCCCUCUGGCCACGUUCGUUAACUAAAGCACAUUCCUUUAUCCACACCACACACACACACACACACAAAUGCAGACAUGAGGGCACACACAUGCUUCUGACCUUUCAAGCCACGGCACUGGAUCUGAACUCCAGAACAGCUAAAAAACAAAAGAAAAAAAUUGGAUAUUUGCUGGUUUUCUGCCCAACUGCAAGGUACUGUACAUAGUUCAACCACUGCCCUUUCCCAAGAAAAUUUUUAGCAGUAGAAUUCAAAAUCAUAAAGAGGGCAACCCAUUUAUGAAAUGGGUUAUAUGAAAGCAGGGGUGUCGAUUAGCCUUGAGGUCACCAGUUCUUAAUCAGCAAGGAUUACAGGGCUGUUGAUAGCAGAUCUCUGAGGGACAAGACGAAGAUUUGGCUCUAGAUUAGUGCGAGUGGGAUGUGUGCUCUGGUUCACUUGUAAAAGGCCCAGUGCUCCCCAUGUUGCUGACAUCUCUUGGUGCAUAUAGUUGGUUCCAUGUGCCUAAAUUGCCUCUGAUUAAGGGAUCUUCCAUUAAGUCCAUUUCUUGCAAAGAGACCUGUGCUAAGGCUUCAGAGGUAGUAAGGUUGGAACAUUCACAACUGAGCAAUUAAAUAAUGAGUCAUGUAUCUGCCAUCCUCCUCCCUGUUUCUUAUUGGUUAUAUCCUGGAAAGAAAUAAAUAAAGCUCCAUGGGAUUUUCAGGAUGUAGAUUACCAAGGGCAGAAAUGAAACAUUGUACAAAGUCAUGGCCUUUUGUGGUUGGUGUAGACAAGGCCACAGAGGUCAGCACAGGAAGGUUUCAGAAAAACAAACAAACAAAAAAAGGACCUUACAUGGAGAUGAGAAAGAUUAUAGCAAUCAGUUAAGUGCAGGUGGGAGGUGGGGGGGAUUAUUCUGAGGCAAGUUGAGCAGAUGGUCACAAUCAUUUGAGAAGACAAAAGGAAAUGCGUUGUAGAAAUACCAGGUGGGUGGAAUGCCUUUGAUUUGUGGCAUGUGAUGGUGAUGUCAAAUGGGACCUCUGCAUCCCAAAGAGAAAGCUUCAUUAUCCAGGCCAAGAGGACUCUGAUUCCCCUUGUGUUCAAAACAAAGGGGAGGUUGACAGUGGCUAUAUGUCUUAUGUAUCUUUUUAAAAGGCAACAAGAAACAGCCUCUCAUCAUUUCAGAGGAGAUGUUAGCUUUGAAAUUAGAUGAUAUAGUUUUUUGAAGUUAUGACUUGGGAUUUUCAAUCAUAUGUUGAUUGUAUGUGAGCAUAUGGUUAAGUUUCCUUUUCAUGCUUAUCACAAUAAACUGUGUAAUGAGGUCUGUGAAGACUUCUUUCCAUUAA